AUGGCCGAAGCUAUAGAUUCUCCAAAAGACGAGGCACCCAAUGAUUCCCUGACCCUGAGUCAACUGAAAAGAAUUGUCAGGCAAUUUCCAAACAAACAAAAGCCGAAAGAAAUAGCUUUUUCGUAUGCAGACAGCGACAGUCUUUCCAACGAAAUUAAUGAAUUUUAUAGUUAUGCUGAGAUCACGCAGUUCCUGGAAAACAAAAAAACCUUCGAGGAAGGGUUUGACGAAUCUUGGAUAAAUAGCACAAUAUCAGAGCGCAAAGUGUACGUUGAAUAUUUACUUGAAACAUUAGAAUUGAAAGAUCCUGUCGAAGUUCAUCGCGGGGAUGAAUCUUUUGGCACGGAGCUAGCAAGUCUCGGCGGGUUAGAUGAAAUAAGGAAGUUGAGGGGAGCGGUACGCGAACAUAACGAGUUAUCCCCAAUUGAAGACAAAGAGUUAUUUCUCAAAUCCACUCCUAUGGACUAUCACACUUUUCAAACCGAAGUGACGCAUAAGUAUCCGACCUAUGUUCCACCCCCAUGUCCUGCAAUUGUGAUGCCCACCGUUUCCAUCAAUCCUUUUUCAAACAAUAAUUAUAAUUCGAAUGGGAAUGAAUCUUCCGGGCAAAAUUCGUCCAACGGCAACAACAAUCCAUCUACACCAAAAUCUCGAAAACAACAAUUUCAAACAAAUCAGCGACAACCCUUUAUUUUUCCAUUCUCGGAAUUUACUCCAAGUGUGCCGCAAUCAAUCCAGGAAGCGGGUGAUUUGUAUCUCAAAUACAUAUAUAUAAGCCUAGGCACCCUUCAAUUUUGGAAAGAAAGGGAAGAGAUGAAAAGAAGUCAGAUCAACUGUAAUAUUAAUGGCACAACUUAUAAAGAAAACUUCUAUAUUACCGACGCGACAAAAGAAAUUAAGAUUGAUGAUAACAGGAACAAGGAUAAGAUGACAAUUGUGGAAAGAGAAAAAUUGGAACGAGUAGAAGCGCUUUAUCGGUCCAUUCUUCCUCAUUUACCGAAUAUAGUCAUUGUUCUUCUUAAACUUUUGUUGGCCACUGUACCUUCACAUCCUAACAACGUGAAAGGAAAUGAAAACGACAUUCCCAUCAAAGAUGGGACGUCCACAAACAAUGGCUAUGUUUCGGACUCUCAUACCAACUCUUCUGCUUCGAGCGUGGACACCAUCGAAGAAGUUGAUAUUAGAAGGCAUCGCGAAAUUACUUCCAAAGCAGUGUCCGCAAUUUUACUCCUGAUGCUAAAACAUUUGAAAUUGAACCAUGUGUUGAAAUUCGAAUACUUGUCUCAACUCUUGGUUGAUGCGAAUUGUUUGCUUCUAAUUUUUAAGAUUCUUAGCAUGCAAGAUGUGAGCAUCGUUAUUAAAGCCAAAAAUGAGGUGGAUGAUCUAAACUUUUUCCGUUACUGCAUGACCAUCAAUAAUCGUGACGCUGACGAAGAGGAUAGUUCAUUGGACAACCGUGAAAACUGUUCCAAAAACACCUUGUUGCAGCAGGAAAAUGAAUCGACAAAAGAGAAACAACGAACUGUUUCAAAAAAUGAUUUGAAUAUUGACUUGGAUUAUUGUUGGCGAAAUUUAUUUGCGUCUAUAAACUUUCUACGAAUCCUACAAAAACUAAUUAAAAAAAAGACUCAUAGGAUUUUAUCACUUGUGCGCUGCAAAUCAUCAGCCAUAUUGAAAAAGACCCUCAAAGUUUCCCAUCCUUUAUUGGAACUAUAUGCCCUCAAAGUGUUGAAGAAUCAGAUCCCUUUUAUUGGAAGGAAGUGGAAACAAAGUAAUAUGAAAGUGAUUACCUCCAUAUACAUGAAUUGUCGCCCAGGUCUGAGGGAUGAGUGGAUAGCAUCGACUGAUGCGGACGCUGAAGUUGAAGAUGCGGUGGCAAAACAAAGCCUUCGGGAAAUGAUUAAAUUUUACAACGAAAGAAAUUAUUUUUCCCAGUAUAAUGAUCAGCUAAAUUUCAUCGAUAACCGAAAUAUGCCCGACACAUUUCCACCUCACUAUACCAAACCAUUCGAUAGCCUUCAUUCUGCCUAUGUGACUGACGAUAUAAUGUUGGAUCGAUCUUUCAUAGAAAACUGGGAGCAGUGGCUUCAGGAAGAAGUUUAUGGCUUUUCAGCCACGACUCCUCAAUUAAACACUAUCGACGAAUACUAUAGCGACGAGCUGGCUACUGUCUUUGAGAAUGGAGACGGAUCGGGAUGGGAUGUAAUGCCGGAUCCACUUGAAGAACAAGAUCCUUUUACCGCAAUCGACUGGAAUAAUGUUUCCUCAUCAGAACUCGAACGAAAAAUAAAGCUUAAUGAAUAUCAAACUCCACGUGUUUCGGAAGGUACCAAAGGAUUAUUCAAUACCAACAAGGAGGAUCCAGAUUUAAAUAAUAUCGACGUGAACUAUUGUUGGCCUGAUGAGUUGUUAGAUCGAAUUGCUCCUGAUGAAGUGAUGAUAUACCAACCUACACCUUAUCAAAGUGACGACGAUGGUUAA